AUGGUUCAGAGUGGCAUAGCAGGGAAUUUUAGUAUUGAUGAGCAUGAUUGUCUAAGAUUUCAUAAUCGGAUUUGUGUUCCAAAUGUUUCAAAAUUGAAAGAGUUGAUACUUCGAGAAGCACAUGAUAGUCCUUUUACAUUACAUCUCAUAGGAACGAAAAUGUACUGCGAUUUACGAGAAUUAUAUUGGUGGCUAGCUUUAUAUGGUCGAAGAUGUCGGUUACCAGUGUGUUGGACAGAAUUGAAUGAGAGGAAAGUGAUUGGACCAGAAUUGAUUCAAGAAAUAGAAGAUACUGUUAAGAAGAUUCGAGAAAGACUGAAGAAAACUUUUGACAGGCAGAAAUCAUAUGCAGAUUUGAAACGUAGAGACAUUGAGUACACGAUUGGUGGUAAGGUAUUUCUAAAAGUUUCACCUUGGAAGAAAAUUAUGAGGUUCGGUCGAAAAGGAAAACUAAGUCUUCAUUUUAUUAGACCAUAUGAGAUUAUUGAGAGACUUGGACCAGUUGCAUAUCGUCUGGCUUUACCUUCAGAACUACAAAAGAUUCAUGAUAUUUUUCAUGUUUCUAUGCUCAAAAGAUAUCGAUCAGAUCCUUCAUAUAUUAUUUCUACAGAGGAUAUUGAAAUUCGACCUGAUCUGUCAUAUGAAGAAGAACCAAUUAAGAUAUUGGCUCAUGAGAUAAAGGAAUUGCGUAAUAAACGAGUUCUUUUAGUGAAAAUAUUGUGGAAAAGUCAUAAUAUUGAAGAAGCAACUUGGGAGUUAGAAGAGGCUAUGAGAUCACAGUAUCCCCACCUCUUUUUAAGUAAAUUUUGA